UGUGCUUUGGGAAAGUUCGGGAAGGUUGCAGGGUAGUUACGUCAGGGCAGUGCGGCGAAGUGGCGUGCGUUUGUGUAUUCCUGUAGAUCGGGUCCCGUGUAGAAUAAGAGAUCUUCAUUGACUGAUACAAGAUGCUUGCUGCAAGGCUGGCAUGCCUUAGGGGCCUUCCUACCCUUGUCCGCCCAGCUCUUAGGAGUUCUCCUUUGAAAACAAGCCAAUGGCUCAUACAACCUAACCAGGGUUAUGCAACUAAAGCUAGAUUUGGAAUACGUGGUAAAUCUGCACGUCAAGAGAUCAAGGAGGCUGCUUUUGAGCCAUCGAUGAAAACAGCAGCUCGUAUUGACGCAACAGGUAAACUAAUUGUCGCUGGAGGUGCUGCUGUUGGUCUUGGAGCAUUGUGUUACUAUGGGCUUGGGAUGUCCAAUGAAGUUGGUGCAAUUGAGAGAGCAGUAAUUUGGCCUCAGUAUGUGAAAGAUAGAAUCCGGUCUACUUACAUGUACUUUGCUGGCAGCAUCGGUCUCACAGCUUUGUCUGCUGUUGCUGUUAGUAGGACCCCAGCUUUGAUGAAUCUCAUGAUGAGAGGAUCCUGGAUGGCCAUUGGGGCAACAUUUGCAGCGAUGAUUGGAGCUGGUAUGCUGGUUAGAUCAAUAUCUUAUGACCAAAGUCCUGGUUCCAAGCAUCUAGCCUGGAUGUUAUAUGCAGGUGUAAUGGGAGCUGUGGUUGCGCCAUUAACAUUACUUGGUGGCCCUCUACUUAUCAGAGCUGCAUGGUAUACAGCUGGUAUUGUAGGUGGAUUGUCAACAGUAGCCAUGUGUGCACCAAGUGAAAAAUUCCUAAACAUGGGUGGACCGCUUGGCAUCGGUUUGGGUUUUGUUUUGGCAUCCUCUAUUGGAAGUGCAUUCCUUCCACCAACAUCUCUAUUUGGUGCUGGACUGUACUCUGUUGCUGUUUAUGGAGGCCUUGUUCUCUUUGGCAUGUUUCUAUUGUAUGACACACAGAAAGUUGUCAAGCGAGCUGAAGCUACACCCAUGUAUGGAAUGGUGAAAUAUGACCCGAUCAAUUCAUGCAUGGGAAUUUAUAUGGACACCUUGAACAUCUUCAUUCGUGUAGCCAUGAUACUGUCUGGAGGUGGGAGCAGGAGGAAAUGAAUCACCACAACAGUCAUAAUCGCCUAUUGAUUGCCUGUAGCACUUUAUGCAACUCCUGGACCAUAAACACGUUAAUAAUAAACAUCAUCAACAAGUUUGUUUAUAUUGUUCUGUAUAACCAGUCUUGUUGAUUGAAGCUUUCUGAGAUGCCUUUACUUUGAAAAAACGCACAAUUCGUGUUUAUAAUUUAGGCAAGCACUAAGAAAUAUUCAUCUCCUCCACUCUAAAAAGCACCCGAGAAUAAAAGGUGCAGUGGAAAAUGAUUUUACAUCCUGAAAUGAAAUUGCACGGGUAAACAGUGUAUCUUCAGAAAAAUGCCUUUUACUCUGUGUGGGAUGUUGAGCUUCAGAUGAUUUGUUUGCAAUUUUCUGUUAGCAAUAAAAAGUAAUUUAUAGCCACGCAAUACAUUUAAAGCAUAUUUGCAGAGGCAGUAGCUGAGCAUUCAUGCCAAUCUUACAAUAAAUUGUAUCCCUUUCAAUCUUAUGAAACUGCUUUGAAAGUAAAAAAAUGCAGAUAGAGAUCUCACUGCAGUGGUGGAGCGGUCUUUCAUGCAGAUACAGUGUAAAAUUUAGGAUACCAGGAGACUCAUUCCUUGGUGUUCACUAAAGCUGUUAAAAAUAUUCCAAACAUCUGCUUUGGUGCAGACUUUUUAAAUCCUUCACUGGGUGUCUGUAAAAAAAAAAUGACUAUACUUUAUGAAAGAAAAGUAGGCAUAUUACCAUGAUUCAGCUUACCAAAUUGCGUGUUGAAAAUGUUCUGUUUAUUAUUUAAAUUUAUUAUACUUGGGAAAAACAAAUAAAGGUUUGUUUCUUCA